AUGAAAGAAGCUAUCGUGAACCAGAGAAAACUUGCCAAAUUGCGAGCACGACCGUGCAUUGUUGGGAAAGGAACUGCUCACAGAAAGAAGAAGGUGGUUCUUACAAAUGCCACAGAAAAUAACAAAAAGCUUCAGCUCUCUUUAAAGAAGUUAGGGGUAAACAACACAUCAUUUGUAGAAAUGAGUAUGUUCACCAAUCAAGGAACAGUGAGCCACACUAACAACCUGAAAGUUCAGGCAUCUCUGGCAGCAAACACUUUCACCAUUAUAGGCCAUACUGAGACAAAGCAGCUGACAGAAAUGCUACCCAGGAUCUUAAAUAAACUUGUCACAGACAGUCUGACCAAGAGACUGACUUAGACUUAAGGAGACUGACUGAAGCUCUCCCCCAAAAAAUCUGUGGAUGGAAAAGUACCACUUGCCACUGGAGAAGAUGAUGAUGAUAAAGUUCUAGAUCUUGACAAGAAUUUUGACAAGGCUUCCAAGAAUGAAGCAAACUGA